AUGGCGAAGCAGGGCGAAGGCGAUCCGCGGUGGCGCGUCACGCAGCGCCCAGACGGGCGCAACGUGAACGGCUGGCACUGGGAGGACAAGAACGUGUCGGCGUGGGCGCACGCGCGCAUCAAGGACCUUCUCACCCCGCUGCACUGCACGGCUGGCGACGGGGUGACGCGCGUGGCCGUGGAGGCCGUGGACUCGGUCGACGGCGACGCCACGCUGUACAACCGCAAGGGCGUGCUCAAGGUCCUGUACGACCUCAAGGUGUGCGGCAAGUGGUCGACGCGGCACGAGGAGAAGGACGAGCGGACGCACGGCGAGUUCAAAUUCGAGCUCUUCGACGAGGACCCAGAGGUGAGCGUGGGCGUGGACGCCAAGUCGCGCGCGGUGCACGAGUACCGCAAGGCGUUUGCGGACAAGGUCGGCCCGCAGAUCCGGGAGCAGUGCCGCGUGUUCAUCAAGGAGAUGCACGCGGGCGCGGGGCACGCUGUGGACGGGCUGGCGCUGCCCGCGGCGAGGAAGAGGCUGAGCGAGCUCAAGGUGACGGACUUUGCGCGGUCGGGCGCGGCGGCGGCGGCGAGCAAGGGGGCGACGGCGACGGCGGGCGCGGGCAAGGCGGGCGCGGGCAAGGCGGGCACGGGCAAGGCGGGCGCGACGCUGGUGCUCAAGGACGAGUUUGCGUGCCGGGCGGCGGACAUGUUCCUCGCGCUGACGGAGCGCGGGCGGCUGGAGGCGAUCACGCGCGCGCGGGCCGUGUCGGAGGCCGUGGUCGGCGGCCGGUUUGAGGUUCUGAACGGGGCCGCGCGCGGCGAGUACACGCGGCUGGAGGAGGGCAGGUGCGUGGGGAUGAGGUGGAAGCUCAAGACGUGGGGCGAGGCGGCCGCGGCGGGGGAGGCGGUGGUGCGGCUGGAGACGACGGAGGAGGGGAAAUGCGCGGUCGAGGUGACGAUACUGGGCGUGCCGGAGGGCGAGCAAGGGAGCACCGAGGGGUUCUGGCGCGUGCAGGUGUUCCAGGCGAUGAAGGUGGUGAUGGGGUGGGGGAGCGCGUCGCAGUUCUUGUAG